AUGCCGGUUUUAAAUAUUCAAAUGAAUGAUCUUUCUAAUCAUAUGAUAGAUUUACUUGCCAGGUCCAGUGCAGAUAAAGAAGAAGCAUCCUGUCUUGUUAAACGAAGAAAUGAACUGCAGAAGAAAUAUCAAAAAGAUCUACUGCAUAAUCAACUUUUUGGGGGUCAAUUAUAUUCAUUAAAUGAAAAGCUCACGUUUGCAUACAAAUUAGACCAGUUAGAUAAAUGGAAGCAUGGCCGGGUGUUACUCUUACCCAACCCAGCUAAUAUCCGGGAUAAUGAUGAUAAUCCCAGAGGUGCUGUGGUUGAAGCUAUAGAUGUUGAGAAAAAAUGGGGCCAUUUGAUG